CCUAACCAUUUUACUUCCUGUGCUAUGAAAAAAAAAAAUCAGUUUGCUGUAACCGUGGUCCGCAGUAUACUUGCUCUGUUUGAAACUCCUCAGACUGUAGAGAUAGUCCACUCCAAGUGCUAACAGCAUUAUGCUAUACAACUGAAGUCUUUUGUCUUGACAGAAGGCAGGAACUUCCCACCAACAGUAACAGAACAUAUCAAGUGCUGGCUGUUAUGAUUCAAAGAUAAAAAAAAAAAAAAUGAAGCCUAGGCUCCCAAAACGUGAAACAGCUUAUAGGAAGAAACAAAAGCUACGGAAUAAGCGUGCUGCGACUUGGACAACACAGAAGGGCAGUGACGAGCACAGACAGAAACUCAUUUUCUUCUGCCAAGAAGAUGAAACCUAAUUCUGUGUCCUGUGUUUCUCCAAGCAUUCCAGUCACAGUUUUGUCUCACUAGACAAAGCAGUCACUGGUGUAUAAGGAACAUGCUUGCAGUUUGGGACAAUAUAUUACACGUGAGUUUGUAAAACUGCACCAGUUUCUGUCCGACAAGGAACAACAAAAUAAUUAAACAACUGAGGCAUGAGGAUGUAAUAGCUCUGAAAGAGAUGGAUGAAAACACUGAGCGCAUUAAACGUGAGGUUAUGGCCACACACGUAACAGGGUCUGAUGCAAGCCUGCAGCUCAUGAAUGAAGAAACAGAGAUACUAAACAAGAUGGGGGAGAUCUUUGAUUGUACUAAAAAUGCUGUUGUGGCAAUUCAAGAGGCAGUUUCUGUUCUUAAUGUGAAGCUCAAAAAAGUAGUAAGAAUUCUAGGAGAAAUGAAAGAAAAUAUUGAGAACCUUAGAAAUGAUGUGGCCAAGCAGAAGGUCAGAUCUCGAACUGACCUGGAGCUGAAGAACGAAGAAAUGAAGGUUCUGCAAAAGACAGAAGUAAAGCCUGAGUGCUCUAGGGAUGACAUCAUCAUCACCCAGGAAGCAAUGGCAAAUGAUUACCUGGAUCCUGCAAAGGCAGAGCUGCUUGAUUUUCUGACACUUCCAGAAACUUUUGAGGAUGUUGCUGUCACUUUUUCCGAUGAGGAGUGGAAGAUGUUAAGAAAACAAGACAAAGAGCUUCACAAGGAAGUGAUGGUACAGAACUACAAAACAAUGGUGUCAGUUGGUUAUGAAAUCCCCCCAGAGAAACUAUUACUGCUGUUUAAAGUUGAUGAUGAACUGCUAAAGGAAGACACAAGGGAGAACAGGAGCACAGAACAAAAGGAUAAUCAUGAAGAUAAUCUGACAAGGAGACCUGAUGGAUGUAAGGCACCAGUAGCCGGACCAUUUGCCUGAUGGACCAUUGAAAUACAAGUUACAAUUCCAGUCUGAAGAACCUUUGUGACUACAGGUGGCACAUCUGUUACAGAGCUUGAUGUCCUUCCAUAUCACUGUUGCAGCAUUCUUUACCUAAUGGAUCUCCUGCCAAGGACAGCCCAACUUACAGCCAGGAUAACAAAACCUUUUAGUUCUUAUAGGUGCUGUACAUUACACACGUUCCCUGCAUAAGGCAUAGGACAUAAAGGUGACAUACGGGCACACACACUCAGAACUUCUUUGCCACUAGUCUGAACGUCAUUGUUCAACAUCAGUCUGAAUGUCCUUCUGCUGUGCUGGCUACCAAGCCAUGUUUUCAGAUAAGUGCCCUGUUGGGGUUUUUUCUGUCUCUCAUAUUUGUUGUGGUUAUUGUGUUCAUGUCAUCCAGAAAGGGAAAAUGACAGUGUGGGAGACCGAUACUUCAAAAAAAGCCAUCAUGACCACUGUCGCUUCUGUUUGGAUGCUUCCAACAAUCAUACACAGUGCUGUAUCUGUCAGGUGUUUGUACCUAAGAACCUGCAUAGUUUUCUCCUCCUUGUCCAUAUACCUAGAGAACCAGUGUCUUAAGUUGUUAGAUUUGUUAGUUCAGAGUGCUAUGCCGGAAUCUUCCCAUCCCAAGGGCCAGGCAUCUGCUAAGAACAAAGCCAAAAAGGUUAGGUCUGAUCUGGCUGUUGUGCAGCUUCCCAAGACUUCUCUCUCAAGGCUGAUGAAAGCCUAGAGGACUGCCUGGUAGUUGCUUCAGAUUCCUGUGCUAUAACCCCAUCAGAGGCUGGAACUAGCUUUUCACAUGUACUUGGAAGCUUUUCAAACUCCUAUGCCUGAUGUUAAGGGGGAAUCUCAGCUGAUUACUUCUGAAAGAUUAAAGGGGAUUCUUCAAAUCUUAGUUCAGGAGGAGAUCCUUACAACUAUUAUUGCAUCUUGCCAAGCGUGUGACCAAGCAAGGGUGUUUUAUGUGGACAGCCUGCAGAAAAAAAAGCAAAAAACGAAGCAUGUGUCCUUGUUGUUAAGGCUCCCUGAGAUGAUUGGCAGGAUUUCACUUGGGAUUUAUUUAAUGCUUUUAUGGCUUUGAAGCCCCUCCUGCUCCUCCCCGGUCUUCCACUCCACUUAGGCCCAGGGAACUGGAUUCUGCCGAUAAGGACCUGUACUCAGGGGAAGAAUCUGUGGCUUACUCUUCCCAAACAUUUCAAGUUUGGACAGUGGUUCGGAAAAGCAGGAUUUUAUAAGUCCAGAGUCUCCCCUCAAGGAGCCCUCCUUUGGGAUACCAUUGCACGUAAACCCAAGAGUCUUUUAAUAUAUAUUUGAAAGAAGAACAAAAUUGCUUUAUUUUCAUAUCAAUAAACAUCACCAACGUAUGUGUUUUGUAUCCACCAGGUGCUGCAAUAGGACACAUAGAUGGAUUAUUAAUACUCUUUUGAACUUUAGUGAUGCCAAAAACACUGGGCACUGCAGGAUAUUCUACUUUCAAAAAAUUAUAGGUGUUAAAAUCAAUUGCUCCUUCUAUUAAUAAAUCAUAAAUAUAAAUGCUGAUUUUACUAUAAGCUAUAUUAAUUUCAUUUUUGAUGUUCUAAUGUAUUUUUGGUCAUUGUUAAGCAAGGCAAAUAUUACUAGAAUAAUCUACAGCCUGCAUAAGCACAGUCCCCCCAACUUGUCGAGCUUCAUAACUCUAAUAUCCCUGUUACUGUCUCUAUCAACAAUUCAUUAUCUUUAUUGGUCAAGUACCUUUUACUUUUAUAAUGGUUACUCAUGAACGUGUGAAUAAUUUUUAGUGCUAGCAGGGGCUACAAAGGUGGGUUAUAAGUGCUUUGCCUAAUCAAUUGUGGACCUCUUGAUUUAUUCAAAGGGAGAUUUUGUUUGUUAGAAAAUAAAAUAUUGAAAUUUGGUUUUCUUAUAUAUAAUUUAAAAGCUAACAAGGCUUCUGGGAUUUUUUAGAAAACAUAAAGCCUGAAUAUUUCACCCUAAGUGGUACUUGGUUUAGAGAAUUUUUAAAUAGUAGCAGUAAUUUGGAGAACCGGGACAUUAAUAUCACCUGUGAUUUUAUGGAGAUUGUGUUGUAUAGUCAUUUUGAGGGAGAGUAUUUUAGACAAAUUAGUGGGAUCAUAAUGAGUGCCAUCUGUGCCCCACUUUAUACAGAUAUUGUAAUGUAGCACUGGGAGUUGGCCAAUGUUCUUAGUUCAUAAUUUAGUCCCUACCUAGUAACUUGCCUAAGAUUAUUUAUUUAUAAUUUGGAGUGGAGGUGAAAUCAAAUUAAAGGAAUGUAUUGAUUAUAUUAAUGGUAUGACAAUAUUUUUGAAAUUUACUUAUAAUUUUUCAGACCGGAGUAUUAACUAUUUGGAUGUAUCAUUAAUAAAAGAUCUUGAUCACUCCAAAUUAUACAGGAAGCCAACUUUCUCUAAUAAUUAUCUGUGCUUUAGAAGUUGUCACCCAUUUAAGCAAAAUAGAAGUCUUGUUAAGGGUCAAAUGGUUCAAUUGGCUAGGAUUGUUUCUGAUAAUCAUGAUUUGAACAAUGAAUUAAUCAUCUUAAAACAAAGGUUUAUUGAUAGAGGCUAUCCUGAGACAUUGUUAAAUGAACUUUAAAUUGAAAUUCUUCAGGGGAGAAAUGUUAGGUUUUUCCCAUUGUUAGGUAAAUGACUACUUGUUAUCAAGAGAUUAACUAGAAAUUAUGAUAAUGAAGGGAGUCCUAAUUUGAGUUAUGAAUACAGUAUGUUAAUUAAGUAUGGUUCUCAAAGUUAUAUUAUUAAGGAUUGCAUUAAAGGUAAUUGGAAUGUACUUAAAGCUGAUCCGGAAAUUAGAGAGUCUUUAGGUGAUACACUGUUGUUUGGAUUCAAAAGACAUAAUUAUUUAAAAGAAAAGAUUGAGAAAAGUGUAUUAAACCAAAAAAAUAGAUUGGCCAGAUCGGAAGAAAAGGACUAGGAAAUGUGUACCAUGGAAAUAGUGCAGUUUUAUAUAUGAAGGAGAUGUUAUUGAGUUGCCAAGUUUAAAAUAUACUUUUUGAUUUUACUAGGGAUAUUAUUGUAAGACCCCUGGGGUAGUAUAUUUGUCAUUCUGUGACUUUUGUUAUUCUUUCUGUAUUGGAAAGGUGGAACAUUCCCUCAGUAGAUGUUUGUAUGAGCCUUUUUCUGACAUACACAAUAAAAAGUAUAUAAAUGCCUUGUAGAGGCAUAAAGUUGCAUGUGAAGGAAAUAAAAAGUUUUUUUUUUAUUUUGGAACAGGUGGUUAAAACACCAAGAGGCCAUCUCUGGGAAUACAAUUUGGAAUACAGGGAGCUCUUGUGGCAAGUGAGGUUAGAUGAUAGUGAAAAAACAGGAUUAGAUUAAGCUGUUUCAUUAGCUAGUUUAAAGGGCAGCCAAAUUGUAAAAUUGAUCUUUACUAUAUGUAUAUUUUAUAUGUAUACAUUUUAAGUAUUAUUUUUAAUAUGCUUAAGAUUAAGAAUUAUUUGCUAUAAAUAUUUUUAGUUACCAUAUCUAUCUGUUUUGAAAGGCAUGUUUUAGUAGCGCAAUAGUUAAAACAUAGUUUUUAUGGUAUGACUGUUCCCUCUAAGGUAGUUAGGCACAAAUUGGUUCAUAAGAAUUCUUAAUAGAUCUGUUACAGUUAUUGGUUGUUUUAAAUAGAUUUAAUAUAUAAAUAGAAAGGGCAAUGAUUCAUGAUUUAGUUCUGAUGAAGUCCCAAAGAAAAGGGAUGAAAGUGUUUAACUUUUACUAAUAUUUUUAUAUAAUACUCUCCAUUCUACCUUUUUAGCCAAUUCUGUUUGGAAAUUUACCAUAAUGGCAGAUGUUCAAAUAGACCGCCACUUCCGUUCAAAUAGACCGCCACUUCCUUAUUGCCACUUUUCUUUUUCCUGUCUUUCCCACCUUGGGGUGGCACCUCUGUCAUGUUCUUUUUCUUCACGAUAUAUCUUUUUAUUAUUAUUGAUGUAUUAUUCUGAGUGUUAAGACUUCAUCUACCACAUUUAGGUAAAUACAUUUUGGUGUGACUAUACAUCUGGCCUGUAGCAGUGUGAUCUUGUGCCUUGGGGUGGACAUACAGUGCAUGAGGAAUGCACCCAAAGGUUUUGUACACUGGCUAGAUGCCAGCUAUCCUUGACAGGACACAUCCCAUAUGGUGUAUAGCUACAACAGCAGAAGUAUACUGCGCAAUCUAUAGUUUAGAAUCGGACCGACAUUGAGAAUUGGUAGCAUUGAAUAAAUCUGAUAGAGAUAGUAGAAGCUGACCACAUUACCCCUGGUCAGAUACAGGAGAGUGACUAAUGGAUUAGUGUGGACCUUUUCUCUACUUUUAUUAUGAUUCUGGAAUGUUCAACUGAUGAAGUCUUAUGAUUAGAUUUGACCUUCCAGAUGAUGUAGAUUUUUUUUUUGUUAUAAGACCAAUCCAAAUGGUAACAAUCACUUUGAGUAAGCAUUGUUUUCACUGAUGUAUAGAAUAUGUAAAUUAAGGUUCAAAUGAAUACAGGGUUUUUUCCUGAGCCUUAGCAAAAGUGGGAUUUUGAUGAUAAAAAACUAAAGAGUAUGAGACAGCUUUCUUUACACAAAUUAAUUGCUUGGGUCUAGGUGUCUGUGUGGAUCUACCCAGAAAUUUCUGGAUAGAAAACAUUAGUUUGCAGAUUUUAGACUAUGCAGCCAUCCUAUAUCUGGUACCUUCAACAAGACUGUUCCCAAAAUAAGACUGUUGUCUGGUAGUUGGGGAAGGUUUUUAGGAGUGUGAGCUUCUAGACCUAGACCCUGGAGCAGUCCUUGAUUCAAUUCCAACAGCCUCCUCUUGCCUACUGCAUGAUUCUGAGUAAGUAACUUAACCAGACAUUGUACCUGGGACAUUCUGAUAAGGGACUUUGUCCAGUGAGCACAGCUGGUUAACAAAUGUUUUCUUCUCUUCUGAGAGCAUCUCUCAACUUUGUGAUGAGUGAAACUAUUUCUUAGACAAUAAUCUGUACAACAGGUAGAUGGCAUUUUCUCCCCACUGGGAAUUCAGACUGAGAGGCGCACAUUUGUUUUAGUUCGAUACUAUAAUCUGCCUACAUUAAAGAUGUUGUACUUGA